AUGCGCGCGUACGUCAACCGCGUGGAGGAGCUUGGCGAGCGCUUGGUGGAACUCGACGCGAGCGUGGAGGACAACGAUUGGAUCAUGACGCUCCUAGCGGGCCUCGGUGAAGCAUGGUCAACGGUGAUCACGAUGCUGGAUGGGGCGCAAGAUACAUGGAAGAAGGAGCAAGUGGUGGCACGCCUCAUCAACGAAGAGGCGAGGCGCACGAAAUUGCAUGGCGAUGCAAUCGCGGCGCAACGACGGCAACAACCGCGGGAGCUCGAACGGGAGCACGGCGGCCUCACGUGGAGGAUCGGCCAACGCCAAUCGAGCUCGGCGCGCGACGGAGCUUGUCGUUUUUGCAAGAAGACCGGACAUUGGUGGCGCGAAUGUCCCGUCAAGCCGGCGAAUUGGAAGCCGGCUUCAAGUGACGACAACCGGCGCGCGCAUGUGGCGACAUGGGACAACAACGACAAGGAGUUCGUCUUCGUCGCAAGUGGAACAACCGUCGGGGGUGUUGACGUGUGGGUACUCGACACAGGUGCUACUCAACACAUGACGGCGUGCGCGACUCUUCUCAACAACGUGACAACGGAGGCUCCCGUUAAGCGCGUGAUGUUCGGCAACCGUGACACGUUGGACGUCACGGGACAAGGCGACUUGCGGCUCAUGGUGGACGGCGGUCCACUCACCAUCAAGAACGUCUUGGUGGUUCCCGGGCUCGGCGCCAACCUCCUCUCCAUUUCCCAAUUCACACGUAAGGGGAUGUUUGUGAAUAUUAAAGGGACUAUGAUGGCGUUGAGCAUGGCGGAUGGCGCACACAUCGACACGGCACGCCAAUCGGGAGGACUCUUCGUGGUUGGCGCUUUCCCAAGUGUGGCGACGGCUCAAGCGGCUACCUCGACAACCACUCUCAAAACGUGGCAUAAUUGUCUCCUCUCCCAUGCUCACGCGGAGAAGCAUUGGUGGGGAGAGGCGGUUACGUUGGCAACUUGGAUUCGCAACCGGUGCGUGACCAAGACGCCUCUUGAGGCUUGGAGCGGUACGAAGCCGGACGUCACCGACCUUCGCACGUUUGGGUGUACGUGCUACUACCAUGUCCUGGAUGCCACACGGACCAAGCUUGAGGCUAAGGCGCGGGUGGCGAUGUAUUUGGGUCCAAGCGCGGAUCAUAAGGCGUGGCGUGUGUGGGACUUGGAGCACGGGAAACUCGUGGUGUCGCGCGACGUGGUGUUCUAUGAAGACACCUUCCCGUCCAAGUCAAUGAACGUGCCCUCGGUCAUCAUCGUCCCUCCACCCUUGGAUGCCGCGGAUGAGGCGGAUGAAGCUCCUACGACUCCUCCUCCUAGUACGAGUGAGGGGGGGAAUGGAUCGGGUGCGCUUGGAGUGAGUGCGGAUGAAGGAAAUGCCAAGGAAAAUGACCCUUCGUCUCCUCCUCCUACUAUCACUCCCACCCUUGCAUCCACUCGCACUUGGAGGAUUCAUCCCAACUCAAAGUACGAUGACUACUCUCUCGUGGCGGGAGACGAUAAGGGCGGGGGGACGCUAUGUGCCUUGAGGCAUACACCGAUACCCCGUCCACGUACCAAGGCGCCAUGA